GGAAGAGGACAAUUUCUGUUGAAGAAAAGGGCUUUCUGACUCUUAAGUUUCCUGUUUUAGAUGCCAUAAGAACAAAAUGUCCGGCUGGCCGCCCCCUGGCCCAGGCUCCUGGAGUGGACUUCAGGGGCCUCCGUACAGCUGGGACAGCAUGAACAGCACCAGAGAGGGCCGGGACUGCCUCACCAACCAAGUGUCCACCAGCAGCUCCCUGGAGGAGGUUCACCUGGAUGGGGUCCCCCCUGCCCCUCGCCUCAUCGAGAUGAGACGGGAUCCCGUCCUGGGCUUCGGCUUUGUGGCGGGCAGCGAGAAACCUGUGGUGGUCCGCUCUGUUACUCCAGGCGGUCCGUCGGAGGGGAAGCUGCUGCCAGGCGAUGAGAUCAUCAUGAUCAACGACGAGCCCGUCAGUUCGGCUCCUCGAGAGCGAGUCAUCGACCUCGUAAGGAGCUGCAAAGAAUCCAUCAUGUUGACCGUUGUCCAGCCGUAUCCUUCCCCUAAAUCAGCGUUCAUCAGUGCAGCCAAAAAAGCCAUGCUCAAGUCCAAUCCGGUCAAAGUGCGCUUUGCAGAGGAGGUCAUUAUAAACGGCCAGGUUCCAAACCCGGUGAAGGACAACUCUCUUCUGUUCAUGCCAAAUGUCCUGAAGGUCUACCUGGAGAAUGGGCAGACCAAGUCUUUUCGCUUCGACAGCAGUACCUCUAUCAAGGACGUGAUCCUGACCCUGCAAGAGAAGCUGUCGAUCAAAUGCAUCGAGCACUUCUCCCUGGUGUUGGAGCAGAGGGAGGAAGGCUCCGGAAGCAAACUGCUCCUCCUGCACGAACAGGAGAUGCUUACUCAGGUGACUCAGAGGCCCGGCUGUGACAAGAUGAAAUGUUUCUUCAGAGUCAGCUUCGUGCCCCGGGACCCUGUGGAGCUGCUGCGGAGAGACGCUGUGGCGUUUGAAUACCUCUAUGUACAGAGCUGCAACGACGUGGUCCUGGAGCGGUUCGGCCCAGAGCUGAAGUACGAUGCUGCGCUGCGAUUGGCUGCUCUGCAGAUGUACAUCCUCAACAUGACGACCAGGCAGAGUCAGAAGGUGUCGCUCAAAUACAUCCAAAAAGAGUGGGGUCUGUCGCUGUUCCUGCCCCCCGUCGUGCUGUCCAGCAUGAAAGAGAAAAACAUCAAGAAAGCUCUGACGCACAUCCUCAAAACCAACCAGAACCUCGUGCCUCCGGGGAAAAAACUGACUGCGCUGCAGGCCAAGGUGCAUUACCUGAGGUACCUCAGUGAACUCCGGCUGUACGGAGGGAGGGAGUUCAAAUGUGUGCUGCUGCAAGGGGAGAAGCAGACGGACGUGACGCUGUUGGUCGGCCCGCGUUACGGCAUCAGUCAUGUCAUCAACGCCCGCACCAACCUGGUGGCUCUUUUGGCCGAUUUCAGCCACGUCAACCGCAUCGAGAUCCUCACUGAGGAUGAGACCAACGUCCGACUGGAGCUGCAUGUUCUGGACGUCAGGCCAAUCACGCUCAUCAUGGAUUCCUGUGAUGCCAUGAACCUGGCCUGUUUAACAGCAGGCUACUAUCGCCUCCUAGUGGAUGCAAGGAGAUCUAUCUUCAGUGUGCCACACUGCAAUAGCACUGGAGGAGAUGAUCCAAGUCAGGAUCGGGUCCUGGAGUGGCCGUACAGCACGUCUUUGGGCUACAACGAGGAGCCAAUCCAGGGAGGCGUCUACAACAGGGACUCACAGUAUUCAGACAACGGGCAGAGAGAGAGCAGCAUGUCUCCUUACUUCCAUGAUCCCCAAAACCCCGACAGAGACCUGAGGGAGAGAAGGAGUCCUGUGCCCCCUCCUCUUCCCCCUGCAACCAGACACAAAAUUCAAGACUCACCUCGCAGCGCCAAAGUGUCGUUUAUCUUCGGGGGCGACCCGCCCUUAAACAAGCCUAAGAGCUUAGGCUAUGAAAGACUGUUAGAGAGCCCCGAGGUUCCCGAGCACAGACCGCCGUACUUGCACAAUAAUUCAGACUUUCAGGGACAGGACAGGGUGCCGUUUCAGUUCAGCGGUCUGACUCAUGUCUACAGUAACAUUAUAAGCGAGGAAGGGGCCGAGGAGCCUGUGCUAAGGGAGCUAUUUUAUCGUGACACUACGGACGAUGCAGAGGACGAUGAUGAAGCUUCCUGUGAGGAAGACUCUACAGGAGGGACACCUGUUGGUGAGGAAAGAGGAGGCGGAGGCGAAAACCAAGGAGGAGGGCUGGCAACAGCAGCGGGCAAAGCCACCUUCCUCAAAAUAUCCGGUUCUACUGACGACAUCAUCGACCUUACUGCGCUGCCUCCUCCUGAGGGAGACGACGGCGUGGACGAUGACGAGGAUGACACACUGCUGCAGACCCUCAACCUCGCAAUUGCAGCCCCGCCGCCAGGGUUCAGGGACAGUUCUGAUGAGGACACAGCACCCGAGGGGAGGCCGCUGAGCACACACGACAAUGACGACAUCCCAGUUUCGCUAAUUGAUGCCGUCCCGACCCAUGGGGAGGGGGAGGGGAGCAGAGGAGGGGAGAGAAGGCUGGAGAAUGCGGUUGUGAAUACUCUGCAGGCUCUGGAGGCUUUGUCCGUCUCUGAACAGAGGCCUCCUCCUCCCCCACCACCCAACAGUAAUAAUCCAGGUGCCUACGCAUCUCAAGGCUUCAGCCCAGAGUCGUCCUCUGAUUCUGGCAAUGAGACGAACUCCUCAGAGAUGACUGAAUUCUCUGAACUCGCUGCUACUCACAGGCUCAGUGAGAGCCACAUGCGACUUUUGGUUGCCACAAGGGAAGGAUACCAACCUUUACUUGAGGAGAAGACUGAAUUUCCUGUCUCACCAAGUACAACAGGGACGAUACAGAAGAAACCCCGAAGUCCAACACGGCACCUUCAGCCUCCUGCAGUCCCUCCAAGACGGAGCCCCCUAUUGGACAUUCCUGCAACAAGACAAGAGAGCUUGGAUAUAAGAGCCCAUGCUAACCUUUCUACCACACUCCAGCGCCCAAGUUCAACCACGCCAGGUGGCAAGCAUCACAAAAAGUCUGCAGACUCCAGCGGGAAGUACAAUACCUUCAGCACAAGGGACGGUUACAGAGGUGAGAGCAGUGGGAGCCGCAUUCGUCUUGACUUGGACCAACGUACGUCAUUCUGUGAGAUGAGCGAAAGUCAAAGAAGACAGAAUUCUUUUUUGGCCGAAAAUUCUGCAGUGGAGAGCCAUUCGAUGAACAGUCACCCCCCUGAGCAUCACAGACACCCCCGUCCUGCCUCCUCUACCUCUGAUCGCCUCUUAGAUGCCGUCAAGAUGGGGGACAGUCACAUCGAUAAUGGCGCAGGAGGUGUUGAUCAAGAUGAACGUUUAGUUGUAGCGUCAUUGCUGUCCCCGACCAAAAAACCCAGAACAGUGGGGUCCGAGCAGGGAUCGGACAUACAGAGUGACCACCCACCCAUGCCUAGACAGCAGAGUGUUGCACGCUUGUGUGAGUACCACCUAGCAAAAAGGAUUUCAAACUUGCAAGGAGAAGCCCACAGCUCACUGCAGGGUUCUUUGUGCUCAUCUUUGGAUGCUGGUGGUAGCACCAACAGUAGCGCAUGUGCCACCCCAACUGACUCCCCGCUUGGCCCUGGUGCAUUCGAAUCAAAACAUCACCAUUUGCAAAGGCACCCACUUUCAAGUUCCUCCUCGUCAUUACUCAGGGUGCUAAACUAUGAAGAUAGCAAACCUCGUGGCAUCCCCAGUCAGAGUGCUCAGGGAAAGGACCUACACCCCCAUGCGGACCCUGCCCUCCUCCGGAAAAUGCUGCCCAACAUUCACGCUCCCACUCCCACUCCUGCUCCUGCUGAAUCAAGCCGUCCCUCCUCCGCGACACCAUCCAAGCAUAAAGAGUCAACAAGUUCUGGAGGCAAGAAGGCCCACAAUGAUGUGCAUCCCAAACAACAGGCCCAUUUAAAGGGUCUGAACCAGAAGGAAGGGAGUGAGGCCUACAGACAGCUGAUCAACUAUCUAACAGUCAGCCAGAUGCAUCAAGGUGGGAAGCUGCACAGUGCAGGCAUGGGAGCAGCAGUGAAAAAGGACACUAGACGCUUUAUCACAAGCAACCCUCAGCUUGUUGAAAUGGUCAAGAAUAGAGGGAACACCAUAGCUCGCUGUCCGUGCAUGCCUUCUUCCAUAUCGUCCCCAUUUCUCAGCCCAAAUUUAGUCAACCCUAAUUCAGCUUCCUUACAGCUGGCAAAUAAAAAUCAGCGGCCAUACCAUUCAGCCACACUUCCUGCCAAACUCAAGAGAAGUCCCGAGAUGCACUCUCAGACUCUGAUUGACAAUCUAGAUUACAGGCCGAGUACUUCUGAGAGAAGAAGCUCCUUUUCUGGCCUGGAAAGUGAGCUAGAGAGGAGUGGUAUGGACCAGGAGCAGUUCCUGUCAAUGUAUAAAAGGGAGGGCUGUAUCAGCCCUGAUGGACGAUUCAUUACAGGUGGAAACCAGGAGGAUGGGGGCAACCCUAACCGUCCUCCACCUAGGUCAAGAAGCCAGCCGAGUGGCACCACAGAGGACUGGUUCAGGUCAGAGCAAAGAGCAAGACAUGCAGCUCGCCAGUCUUCACAUCAACGUCCCAGUGAUUCUCUUUGUUUCUCCGCUGCCCCCAGUGUCAGCAGUCAGCAAUCCGACUUCAGCGCAAUGUCUUUAGGAAGGGGGGACCAUCCUUCAGCUUUUAUCCGACAGGCAUCCUCUGGUCCAAGGGCUUGCAUUACUUCCCCAACUCGCAAUCCUCAUUCACCUCCUCCGCCACCUCCCCCACCACCGACAUCAUCUUCUCUGAUGCCUAUUCCUGUGCAAGUCAACACUAGCUCCAGCAACUCAGGAUGCCCACAGGAUUCCAUCCAUCCCUUGCAGUUUCGGCCCAAUCAGAACCAUAUUCAAGCUUUAACCCCAACCCCGCAGACAGAUUCCUUAUGCAACAGCCUGCAACGGGGUCGGGAGCUCAAGCGAAGCUCCAGCAAUGUGACUGCCAGUUCUGGUAGCGUGGAAGUUCUGUUUGAUAAGCCCACUCGGAGCAGGAGUCAGCAGCCCUUGUCACCAUCUGUGCCCCAGCAAAGUGAGACUAAAGUCCAGCGUAGACCUACAAGAAAGCGACUCUCAAAGAGCUACUCCCAAGGCUCUGUAUCUUCCCACACCUCGUGCUGGUCUUCAGGCAGUAGGUUAGACUGCAGAAGGGCUUCUGUUGCAUUUCCGUUGCAGAAAGACGGGAAACACAUGAAGGGCUCUCAAAAACUAGACACCAGUCCUUGGAGAUGCAACGGGCCUUUUAGCUACUGUUUCUUUAAACGUAAGAGUGAGGGCGAGGAGGAUGAUAUCGAGUGGGAGAAGCCCAGACGAGGCCGGGGUGGGAAUGACAUUAAUGCUAAUGACGCUGCUUCGUCGGGUGUAUUCCCAUGUGGCUCAGCCGUGGAUGCAGCAGGAGAGCAGUUGUAUGGGGAGGUCCUAAAUAACAUGAGCUUUAGUGACCGUCUUGCAAGAAUCAACGCACUCAAGGACCGCAUGUAUGGCUUCCCUUCCGGCUUCACUGACGUCCGCAGGGACGCCAGCGAACUCAUCGCCCUGGUGAGGUCAAGCAUCAGCCGCUGCGACCGUGGAGCCCAGAUGCCUCUGCAGGACGUAUCCCAGUACAAGCAGCUCCUUUCCGUUGAGUCGAAAGAAUUAGGCCGGGCAUGCCGGAGGAUGGCACAGGCCCACGGCACUCCGGAAGAGAUGCUGCUCGCUGUGACUUGUAGUUUCCAGGUGCUAUGCUGUCUCUGCGAAGCCUGUAUGUGUCUGGUCAGGGGGCUCGGAGCUUCAGCCUCCCACCAGCAAAGAGAGGUUGUAGCAAAGGUCGACGAGGUCGUCAUGAACUAUAUAUGUUUGCUCAAAGCGGCAGAGGCGGCCACAGUGGGAGCGCCUGGGGAGCACAGUGUGAAAGCCCUGGUCCGCCACUCCAGUACCAUGUCGGCCAUUGCAAACGCACUCACCCGCUCCCUUAAAACGCUGCUUAGCAAGUAGAGGCUACUCCUUAUGCUUUUUAGUGUGGCCUAAGCAGUCAUUAGAGGUCUGUCUUUCAGCGUCUUGUUAUUUCUGCUAGAGCUGGCGGACACCUGUCUUCAUAUCAAUAGAACUUAGACUUACACCAAGUCUUAACAAGAUGCUUAAAGGCAGUCUGACUGCACUUGCUUUUUCUGAUGACAAUAUUGUAAUGUAUAUUUACAAAGCCAUACUGUCACAGACCUUUGUAUUAUGAUAUGUACCUAAUAGAUACCCGUUUACCUGUGCAUUAUGUAACUUAUUUCAAAUAUGUAAAUAAUGUACAUAUACACACUAUAUUAUUUGCUGUAGCAGUUUUAAGAAGCCACCGAGUAUUCAGCUUAAUUUGCUCUACUAUUACACAGCGCUGGGGUGAAUCCACUUCCUGUCCAACAGUUCAUAAAGUGCAGUUUUACUCAAGUAUUUAUCAUGGUAAUAGUUAAAAAUCAAGCAGUGGACAUGCAAAUAAUUUGUGCCACAGAGGAAAUUGUUAAUAUAAAUGUGUUCAUAUGGCAGUUUUUAUUGAGUGACUGUUAAAAAUUUACUUUGUUUCAUCCAUGUUGCAUUAUACUGCAGUUUUUCUUCAGCAGGAAGGGAGGACUACUGUUUGAAAAGAAAUCUAGGAAAUACAGGGACUCUGAAAUUGCACUGCAUUUGGGAAUGCUUCUUAUUUUUUUGCAUAGAUUAUUUUGAGAUUAGUAAAUUAUAAGAUUAUCACUAAUGACUAAAUAUAUAGAAAUGUAAUAGUAA